AGGAUGUACCUUGGAGCAGCUCAAGGACUCCAAUAUCUUCACGCCAAUCAUCGUGAUAUUGCAGCUCGCAAUUGUCUGUAUUCAAAUGAUAAAGUGGUGAAGCUCUCAGAUUUUGGAAUUACUGUAACUAGAAAUCAAUACAAACUCUGCGCAGCUCCGAAGCUUCCGAUCAAAUGGCUUGCACCUGAUACCGUCAAAACUCGAUUCUUCACUCCGAAGACUGAUAUCUACAGCUAUGAAGUCACGUGCUUCGAGAUAUUCUCAAAUGGACAAGGCCCAUGGGAUGGUGUCACGAAUACGGUUACGAAAAAUAAUGUGGUCAACGAAAUAAACUUGGUUAUUCCUGAAUCCUCUCCAGAUAAAUUUCGA